CAUGUUAGGUCCUUAAACAAUGUCAAGUACAAAAUUGAUCUGUCAAAAUAAAUCGUGGAUUCAUUUCUAAUUUCUAUUUAUCGAUUAGAUUAGGAAAAUGAUCAAACUGUUUUCAUUAAAGCAACAAAAAAAAGAUGAAGAAGGUUCAGCAAGAGCAGGAGGUUCACAAAAGAAAGCAUCAGCAGCGCAAUUGCGAAUUACAAAAGAUUUGAAUGAAUUAAACCUGCCCAAAACAUGUAGCACAGAAUUCCCAGAUCCAGAUGACCUACUUAAUUUCAAACUAAUCAUAUGCCCGGAUGAAGGUUUUUAUAGAGGAGGCAGAUUUAUAUUUAGUUUUAAGGUAGGUCCAAACUAUCCUCACGAGCCUCCCAAGGUCAAAUGUGAAACAGCAGUAUACCAUCCUAAUAUAGACUUGGAAGGCAAUGUUUGCCUCAACAUACUCAGGGAAGACUGGAAACCUGUGCUCACAGUAAAUUCUAUAGUGUAUGGUCUACAAUAUUUGUUUUUGGAACCAAAUCCAGAAGAUCCACUAAACAAAGAAGCGGCAGACGAACUCCAAAGCAACCGACGGCUAUUUGAACAGCACGUGCAGCGAGCUAUGCGCGGUGGAUACGUCGGCGCCUCAUACUUCGAACGGUGCCUCAAGUGAACCAUGAAACAAUACUGUAAAAUAAUGCUACCAACCCUAUAUAAAUAAAACAAUCUCACUUUAUUC